UUGCCACGGGAGGUGCAGUUCCGGUUAGGCAGCAGAGUUUGUUUACGCUGCCCUCAGAUCUAGCGGCUGCCUUCCCCAGUUCAGGCUCCAAAAUGGGAAAAUCCUUCGCCAAUUUCAUGUGCAAGAAGGACUUUCAUCCUGCCUCCAAAUCCAACAUCAAAAAAGUAUGGAUGGCAGAACAGAAAAUAUCAUAUGAUAAGAAGAAACAAGAAGAAUUAAUGCAACAAUAUCUUAAAGAACAAGAAUCAUAUGAUAAUAGAUUGCUUAUGGGAGAUGAACGUGUAAAGAAUGGCCUUAAUUUCAUGUAUGAGGCUCCACCAGGGGCUAAAAAAGAAAACAAAGAGAAAGAAGAAACAGAAGGAGAGACCGAAUACAAAUUUGAAUGGCAAAAAGGGGCCCCACGAGAAAAAUAUGCCAAAGAUGACAUGAACAUCAGAGAUCAGCCCUUUGGUAUUCAGGUUCGAAAUGUGAGGUGCAUUAAAUGUCACAAAUGGGGUCAUGUCAAUACAGAUCGAGAAUGUCCUCUGUUUGGUCUUUCUGGAAUUAAUGCAAGUUCAGUUCCCACUGAUGGCUCAGGACCAUCGAUGCACCCCUCGGAGCUAAUAGCGGAGAUGAGAAACAGUGGGUUUGCACUGAAACGAAACGUACUGGGGAGAAACUUGACUGCAAAUGAUCCAUCACAGGAAUAUGUUGCAAGUGAGGGUGAAGAAGAUCCAGAAGUCGAAUUUUUAAAGUCACUAACAACCAAACAAAAACAGAAACUUCUCAGGAAAUUGGAUCGACUUGAGAAGAAAAAAAAGAAAAAGAGAAAAGAUAGAAAAAAGAAAAAGCUUCAGAAGAGCAGAAGUAAACACAAAAAACAUAAAAACAAAUCCUCCUCCUCUUCCUCUUCCUCCUCUGGUGGCACUUCAGAAAGCAGCAGUGAGAGUGACAACAAAGAAAAAAAAAUACAGAAGAAGAAAAGAAAGAAAAACAAGCGUUCAGGGAAUUACAACAGUGGUUCUGAAGAGACGGACAAAUCUAAGAAGAGAAAACUUGAUGAAGAAUGUUCUAGCAGUCACAGUAACAAGGAAAAGCCUAGGUUUUUAAAACAAGAGAGUUCUGGGGAGAAGAGCAAAUGGAGCCAUUCUGAUUCUGACAGAAAGCCCAGAAGCCAUAACCAGAGUCCAGAGGAGAAAGGAUCUGGAAGAAAUGAGAGGAACAGGAGAAGCCGAAGCAGAAGUCAUGGUGGUUACAAGCCAAGAGAAAUAAGAAAACGGCCACGGCGAAGUCCCAGUGAAGAGUGGGACAGAAGAAAUGACACCAGAAGCCAUGGCACAGAUAGAUACAGAGGAGGGAAAAUGCACAGAGCAUUAUCAGGAGAUAGGCAUACUAGAGUGAUGCAAAGAGAAUGGAGAAGUAGAGAAUAGAGACUUGUAUGUGACAAUUACCUGGAAAUAAAAAUAUCUCCACUUUCUUCUUGAAUACCUUUAGCAAGGGCUAAAUUAUGUACUAUUGUCUUUCUAAUAAAAAAGCUCUUUUAAUUUUUCAUCUCUGUAAACUGUUAUAUCAAGUACAAAACUACAUGAAUCCCAUAAGAAUGAACUUAGCAAAUAUUUGUAAGUGAUCUAUUUGGGGGCUGUAAAAAUAUUUUCUGUUCAUUAAUGUUUCCUGUGCCCUAUACUGAAACAAAAACCCCAUGUAACUGCGUGACAUUUUCUUUGUUCUGAAACAUCAUUAAAAGA